ACAUUCUCCAUCGCACAUCAUUCUCGGUACACGCUCGCAGCUAAUACCGCACUCGCGGGGCUUCAAUUAGUCCGUAUUGACAUUCCUGCUCGAGUCCCUCGGAGACUGCUGACGGCACACCACGCAGUCAUCCACACACAUUAACAUAUUCCAACUGGUGACGACUGCACUCACAUGAGAAGAACAUUGCUGAAGUUGAAACGCAUAGUCUGGAAGAAGAUGUUCAACUUGUACAAGCAUAUGCAGCAUGCUAAUAGUGAUGGGAAAGAGCUGAGUAAGGAGUCGGAGACGACGGGUCACGACCGGUUUUACCAGGAGCGUCCACGGACGAGUUAUAGGAAGAAGAAACGCCGUGGGGCGUGCCGCAGGGCCCAGUCGGCGGCUGAGCUGAACCCCGAGUCUAUUGCGGCUGCCAACAGACGGAACCAGUUCAGUAUACGCUCCGUGUCUACGGAUCGUGAUGACAGUGAAGAAGAUAACGAGAAAGAGCGAGCUCCUCUAGUGGCCCAGAAGAUAGACUCACUGGCAAAGCUUCUGUUCAACAAGUCAAUCAUCGGCAGUGGAUCUGGCAAGUCUUCACCUUCAGAACCUCAAGCAUCUCCUAAAGUUGGUGAACGAUCAAUGGAAAGUUCAGUAGCAUUAGGAAUUUGUACCGAAUACAUAUCACAAUCAUCAAGAUAUGAAUUAAUAUCACCGCUCAAUGCUAUAGGAUCUCGACCCAACAAGUACUGGUUUGCAGUUCACGAUAACUCAAUUAAAACUGAUAGACUUUUGACGUUGAUGCCUUUAACUUCAAAAUGUCCCAUAGAACCAAACGACCAAGCGCGAUCCCUCAUCAUAGAACUAUUCAGAGCAUUACAUCAUCCAUAUAUCUACCCAGUUUUAGACUUGGAAAUGUGCAACGGUCACGCUCUAUCUGUGAUGCCUUUCAACGCCCGAGGGAGUUUAAAGGACCUGAUAUACAAGAGUACCUGGAACGAGGACUACGGCAGGAAGUAUGUAUCAGUUGACAACGGUCUGCCGGCGUGGCAGGUGGCCAGGUUUGGCAGACAGAUGUUGGAAGGUCUCCUAUUCCUCAAGGAAAAGGGGUUCCCGCCUUUCCGCCAUCUACACGCAGGCAACAUUAUGGUUCAGAAUGGAGUCGCCAGGAUAUGCGGCCUGGAGAACACGCUAAUAGGCGCGCUGCCCCGCUGCCCCAUAGCCCUGGCGGCGCCGCUGGAGCACGUGGAAGCGUUGUCUCUGGGACAGGUGCUGUUUGAGAUGUGCUCCGGAUCGGACAUUGACCUGUCGCUUCUGCCGGAUCUAAUGCCGAACUAUCCACAUGUGGUGGAAAUAAUAGAGCUGAUCUUCGGCUCUCGGACCCCGAGUCUGCACGAGCUGCUGCUGUGUGAGCUCUUCAGGAAGAUCGACUUGCGGGAGAUGAAGGGAUCCUGCUUACCAAACUUCAGCCAGCGCCUGUCUCGCUCGUGCCUGUCUCUGCUGGGCGAGGUGGCCCGCCGGCAGCCCGGCCCCCCCCGCGCCCCGCGCCCCGGGGGCUCCUCCCCCGCCACCCCGCCUGCGCGCAGGAGACACUUCAUGGAACAGGAUUUCACAGAAGAAUGGCAGUGGUGA